AUCAGUUGUAUUUUUUUCGCGUACGGAGACGGUCGUGUUCUGAAAAAAUAUUUUAUGGCCUGGCGAAUCAGCCGAUUUGCAGUUAUUUGACUACUAAAACUUGAGCUUAAGUGACUAUUUGACAGUUGUUCAGGGCCAGAACGGAAUUACACUUCGCCCUUUGAGGUUUAAACCAGUUUAAACCUGCAUCAAUUGACACUUGGCAUACAUUUUAUUUCUGCAGUGAAAACAAACAGAUUGCGUAAAAAAUUGGAGGAAACCUUAAAGUAAACCAAGAGAUAGACCAUCAUGUCGUGGGGAAAUGAGUUAUGGGAUCAAUACGAUAACAUCUCAUCUCACACGCAUAAAGGAAUUGAGUUUUUAGAUAAAUAUGGAUCGUUUGUUAGGGAUAGGUGUGCCAUUGAGAUAGACUAUGCGGCUAAAUUAAGACGACUAGUUAAAAACUACCAACCUAAAAAGAAAGAGGAAGAAGACUCUGAAUUUACAUCCUUUCAGUCGUUUCGAAAUGUUCUUAAAGAAAUCGGUGACUUAGCAGGUCAAAGAGAAGUUGUAGCCGAAAAUUUGCAACAACAAGUGUUGUCAGGCAUUAAUUUAUUAUCCAAAAAUUUACGUGAUGAACGUAAAAAAGCUUUGCAAGAGGGUCAAACUCUAACGCAAAAUUUGCAAGCACAUUAUGGAGCUCUUGAAAGAGCAAAACGAAAUUAUGAAAAAGCGUACCGAGACGCAGAAAAGGCUGUUGAAAAUUAUCAGAAAGCAGAUGCAGAUCUUAAUUUGAGUCGAGCAGAAGUGGAAAAGCAACGACAUAAUAUGAAUAUGAAGUGUGCACAGUCAGAUGAUGCAAAAAACGAGUAUGCUAAUCAAUUACAGAAGCUCAAUCGACUACAAUCUGUACAUUUUGAAACAGCAUUGCCAGAUGUAUUUAAUAGAUUACAAGAGAUCGACGAAAAACGUACUCGUGGUCUAAAAGAAUUUAUUAAAGGAGCUGCAGAUGUAGAAGCGUCAGUAGCGCCAAUAAUUUCAAGAUGUCUUGAAGGUAUCGUUAAAGCCUCAGAGUCAAUUAAUGAAAAAGAGGAUUCGAUCAAAGUGAUAGAAAGGUAUCAAUCUGGAUUUAUGCCUCCAAAUGAUGUACCCUUUGAAGAUUUAUCUAAAAUGGACACAAACAGUCAACAUUCUAGUAACGCAGUUGGUGGUACGAAUGUGAACCAUAUGACAUCAAAGGGUACAGUAACGGCAAACAAACUAAAGAAACGUGUAGGAAUUUUUGGAAUAUUCGGAAGUAACAAGAAUUCUCUUGCACCGGACGGCAUGAAGGAAGAUUUCAGUGACCUACCGCCUACGCAACGCCGUAAAAAAUUAGCAGCAAAAGUUCAAGAAUUAACUACUAAAGUACAGCAAGAACAGGCUGCUCGCGAUGGACUGAUGAAAAUGAAAGGAGUUUAUGAGGCUAAUUCGGUUCUCGGAGACCCCAUGACUGUGGAAAAACAACUGAAUGAGUCAAAUCAUAAUUUAGAAAAAUUGAAACAAGAAUUACGAAAAUAUCAACAUAUGCUUGAACAAGCAACCAAUCAAUCAAUAUUGCAACAGAGUCCAAAGUCUGCAACGCGGCAAAAUCAUACUCAAAACGGCCAAAGAGGCUCAAGACAUUCCAAUGGUAGUGAACACCAUGACCAUCAUCAUAGUCGCGAUGGUGAAGACCAACCAGAUGACGCAGGAAGUUUAAGCAGGUCAGCAUCUGAAAAUAGUGUGACGAAGACGCAAAAUGGGAUCGAAUCGAAUAAUCAGCCAGAAUCUAAUAUUAACGGUAGCUCUGCCAGUCCUGAAAGUGGCCUAGGGACAUCACAUACAUCUUUACCAGGUUCCGGUCAAGGAAGUGCAAGCGAACAAAUCAACGACGAUCAUUUUUAUGAUCCAGAACCAUUGCAGCCAUUAGGUACUUGCCGAGCUCUCUAUCCAUUUGAAGCGUCCAGUGAAGGCAGUAUUCCAAUUAAAGAUGGAGAAGAAUUACAUGUGAUUGAACUAGACCAAGGUGAUGGUUGGACUCGUGUUCGACGGAUGAAUGAAUGGACAGAAGGAUUUGUUCCUACCACAUAUAUUGAGAUCACAUUAUUUGUUGACGUGGAAGGUGUUGACCACUUGUAUGUGAAUAUAGAUAAUAAGGCAGAGCAACAAUAAGUUAACUUGCUAAAUUAAAAUAUUAAAGUGUAAAACAAAAAUAUUAAAAAAAUCUUCCUUAAUUUCUGAUAAAUUUACAUAUAUACUUAUUUAAAACAUAAAUAAAUAUAUUUUUUCAUAGAAUUUGUUUUAACAAAUGCUCACCCAAAUUUUUAUGCCAAAUUGAAUAAAUGUGACUGAAUAACACUAACGUAUGAAUAUUGGUUUGUAUUUUUCAAAAUUAAUUUUUUAUAUUAACUUACCACUAAUAUUUUAUCUUUCUACAAAUAUGUAAACACAAUAAAACUCUAUUUAGUAUUAUAAAAAAAAAUCAUAAAUUAGGUUUACACACCAAUCAUAAAAUAAAUUAAUAAGAAUAUUUGAUAAAUUUAAUAAAAUGGAUAGUGUUUUUAUUAUGCAAAAAUCCUUUAGUCAUUUGAUUUUUACAAAACUAACAAUCAAAGCGUCACAGUUUGAUUUCAGGUUGUUAAGAUUAGUAUUGUAAAAUUAUUUUAAAUUUCACUUUUUUGUCCCACGGAUAAAACCAUUGGGUAUUUAAAGCAGUCUAGGCAAAAAAAAAAUAACAAUGCAAUUCUAGGACCUCCGUCUUAUUUUGUCUGUAAAAUUUGUAAAUAACGCAAACAAAAAUUAAUUUAAUGUUUCUUUGCUCCCGCUUCUAAGAAUCUUAAUACGACAAAAAGUCAAACGAUUUAAAUUAGUCGCUUUAGGCCACUCCAAAUUUUUUUUGAACAUUUUGUCUCAUGACCCAUUUCAAAAGUUAAAAAUCCAAAGAGGCAAAAUUGAAAAGUUGAAAAAAAGUUCUUGGGACAGAAAGUUCCAAAAAAAUUUGGAGCGGCCUUAUUUGAUAUUAAAAACUAUCGAAAAAAAUUUUAUGAAUUUGAAUGAAAAGUUUGAAAUUAGCUUUAAUAAUUUUUAUAUCAAAUUAAUGUUAGUUUCCUUUUUAAUAUUGUAAAAUUAAAUAUUUAAAUAGCACAAUCAAAAUAAAAAAAAAUGUACUGUUAAGAGCAAAAUCAUUUACCGCUAAAUUGUAAAUAUCAUUUUAUUUGUGUAAAUUAAAACAAUAUUUUAAUUAAACGUAAUAUUAA